ACUGUGCAAGCGUGUUGGAAGGAUACUUUAUACCAUUUUUACAAAUACAAAAACCCAACCCAAGAUGGUUAAUGAAAGCAAAUCUCUGGCUGAGGCUCUGAAAUCCGCUGAGGCUGAGGGUCACGUCACCCUAGGUGUCUACGAGUGCGCUAAAAUCAUGAAUGAUGAUCCGGACAGCGUGUCCUUCUGCGUUCUGGCUAUGGAUGAAGAGUUCGAGUGCGACAUCGCGCUCCAAAUCCACUUCACUCUCAUCCAGGCUUUCUGCUUCGAUAACGACAUCAGCAUCGUGAGAGUGGACGACGUGCAGCGUCUGGGUGAAAUUGUCGGCGCUAAAGAUCAAACUGAGGACUGUCACUGCCUCCUUAUCACGAGUCCAGCUGACGGUUCGUGGGAAGAUCCAGCUCUGGAGAAGCUGCACAUGUUCUGUGAAGAAAGCCGCCGCUCCAACGACUGGCUUCCAGAGAUCAGUCUGCCAGCUCGCUGAUCUGCUGAUGGGACUCUUCUCACACGAGAGGCUGUUAACCCUUAAUGGAAAUACAUGCAUCCUUUGAAUAAAGGAUGAUGAUGAUGUAUCUUCACAUCCCUGGAUGCUUCUGAGGAGGCUUUAAUGCAGUCCAGGCAGCGCGGGGCAUGCAGGCCCGAAGUGGCCUUUAGCCUCACGGUUCCGUCGCUUCUCGUCCCGUCCAUGCCAAGAUGGUCCUCCUUCUUUAUGUGAACGAGGCCGGGCAUGCCACGAGAGCGACCCAGCGGCCCUCAUUCUUUGUGCGGAUGAGGUUUGGAGAGGAAGGAGAACGCGAGUUUGUGUUUCACAGCGCAAACUUCGCAUCAAGACACGAGAGGACGCGGUGGUGCGUCGUAGCGACGUUUUUCAAAAAAAAUGGACUUAACAUCAGGGACAUUUAUUAAAAAAAACGUAAUUGCCGCACAGUAUAACGUACCUUACUGUCGGCAAUGUGCUUCUUUCCACUUUCCAGAAUUGUCUUAUUCUCUAAAGGUUUAACUUUAGUAAUAUAUAUGACAAAAAUAAAGUCUAAAGGUUUCACUUUAGAAAAAAAA